ACGUGUAGACAACAUUUGGAUAACGGGAUUCGAAGCAGUUAAAAAUGUCUCUGCCAAGUCGACAAAUAGCCCUUGUCAACCCUCCUCCACCAGAGUUUAUAAACACUAAGAAAAAUGGGCGGCUGACAAAUCAACUGCAGUAUCUACAGAAAGUUGUCCUAAAGGCUCUAUGGAAGCACAGUUUCUCUUGGCCUUUUCAACAGCCUGUGGAUGCUGUGAAGCUCAAGUUGCCUGACUAUUAUACCAUUAUAAAAAGCCCAAUGGAUUUAAAUACAAUUAAGAAGCGCUUGGAGAAUAAAUAUUAUGUGAAGGCUUCAGAAUGCAUAGAAGACUUCAACACCAUGUUCUCAAAUUGUUAUUUAUAUAACAAGCCUGGAGACGACAUUGUUCUUAUGGCACAAACUCUAGAGAAGUUGUUUAUGCAGAAACUGUCUCAAAUGCCACAGGAAGAACAAGUUGUGGGCGGUAAGGAAAGAGUAAGGAAAGGCACUCAACAUAAUGUAGCAGCGGCUUCUAUUAAAGAAAAAACAUCCCCCAAAGCAACAGCCAAGCAGCAAAUGAGUUGCUCUGUGUUUCCAGAGAAAUCUACUUCUCCCUUAAACACAAUGCAAGGAGCUCCACCCAAUCCUAGCUCACAAACUGUGGCCCAAGUUUCAAGAGGUGUCAAGAGAAAGGCAGAUACAACAACUCCUACAACUUCAGGAGUUAAAGCGAAUAGUGAAUCUUCUCCAAAACUUACAGAAAAAAAAUCAGUAGGAAUGCCACAAAUAAAAGAAAAUGUGGUGAAGAAUAUUUUGCCAGAUUCUCAGCAACAAUGUAAAGAUUUAAAGAGUGUUAAAGUAACUGAACAAUUAAGGCACUGUAGUGAGAUUCUUAAAGAAAUGCUUGCAAAGAAGCACUUAUCAUAUGCAUGGCCCUUUUAUAAUCCUGUCGAUGUUAAUGCUUUGGGACUCCAUAACUACUAUGAUAUUGUCAAAAAUCCAAUGGAUCUUGGAACUAUCAAGGGGAAAAUGGACAGUCAUCAAUAUAAGGAUGCUUGCGAAUUUGCAUCCGAUGUUAGAUUAAUGUUCAUGAAUUGCUACAAGUACAAUCCUCCAGAUCAUGAAGUGGUGACCAUGGCAAGAACACUACAAGAUGUUUUUGAAAUGCAUUUUGCAAGGAUCCCAGACGAACCCGUUGAACAUAUGCCUAUGUGUUACAUCAAAACAGAUACUGCAAAACCCCUUGGUAGAGGAAGCAGUAGUGAAGCUUCUUCUGAAGAUAACUCUUCAGAUGAUUUUGAAGAUGAACGUGUUCAGCGUCUUGCAAAACUUCAGGAGCAGCUUAAAGCCGUUCAUCAACAGCUACAGGUUCUAUCUCAAGUACCUUUUCGUAAGCCAAAGAAAAAGAAUGAGAAGUCUCAAAGGGAAAACAAAAAAGAGAAAGUAAAUAACAGAGAUGAAAAUCCAAGGAAAAAGUUUAAGCAAAUGAAACCAAAGGAAACGUCAAAGAGCAAUCAACCAAAGAAGAGGAACCAACAGGUCUCUGCUGUGAAAUCUGAGGAUGAAGGUAACUCCAAACCUAUGAACUAUGACGAGAAAAGACAAUUAAGUUUGGAUAUAAAUAAACUCCCUGGAGAUAAGCUUGGCCGAGUAGUUCACAUAAUACAAUCAAGAGAGCCUUCUCUGAGAGAUUCCAAUCCUGAUGAGAUAGAGAUAGAUUUUGAAACACUGAAAGCGUCAACAUUAAGAGAACUGGAAAAAUAUGUUGCGGCAUGUCUGAGAAAAAGACCACUAAAAUCUCAUGCCAAAAAAACAAUGAAAUCCAAAGAAGAACUCCAAUUACAGAAAAAACAGGAAUUGGAAAGACGAUUACUGGAUGUCAACAAUCAGUUAAAUUCUAGAAAACGACAAAUAAAAUCUGAGAAAGCACAACCAACAAAAGUAGUUGGAAGUGUUUCCCGACUGAGCGAGAGCAGCAGCAGCAGCAGCAGCAGCAGCUCCUCGGGCUCUGGCAGCAGCAGCAGCAGCAGCAGCAGCAGCGAGUCGAGUUCUUCAGACAGCAGCGAUUCCGAACCAGAAAUGCUUCCUAAAUUUACUGGAGUAAAACAGAAUGAUUCUGUAUCCAAAGAUAAUGUAAAGAACACGAAGAAAGAAUGUAUACAGCCUGAAACAGGGGCAAGCUUCAUAGAAGAGAUACGAUCUUCUGUGCAGGACACUACCUCUGCUGAAAGUCCGCUCGUUCAACAGCCCACACGUUCGCUUGGAAUGCCACCGAACCACCACCCGUCUGCAUUUAAUUAUCAAGAACUACCGCACUUACAGACUGUGAAAAACAUUUCACCUUUACAGGUGCUGACUCCCUCAGGUGGUUCUGAACAACUCUUGAAUGGCCCAACUGCGAUGCAUCCAUCUGGUGAUAUUGCUACAAUGGUGGUAGAAUCUGAAUGUCAAGUUCCUGGAACGAAGGAUAUAAAGAUUAAGAAUGCAGACUCUUGGAGAAGUUUGGGCAAACCAGUGAAAACGUCAAGUGUGCUAAAACCAUCUGACAAGCUCUUCAACCAAUUUAGACAAGCAGCAAUAGAAAAGGAAGUAAAAGCUCGGACACAGGAACUAAUACGGAAACAGCUGGAACAGAACACGAAGGAACCAAAAGUAUCUCAAGGAAAUCAGAGGGACCUUGGAAGUGGAUUGACUCUAGACUCUUUUUCAAAUAAAAUGCAAAACAAGUGCCAUAUAGAAAAGCAGAAGGAACAGCAGCAGUCAUUGGAAGCUCAAGACAAAAGCAAACAGCAGCUUCUCAAAGACCGGAAUUUAGCAAGAGAGAAAGAGCAAGAGCGGAGGAGGAGAGAAGCAAUGGCGGGUACCAUUGACAUGACUCUUCAAAGUGACAUUAUGACAAUGUUUGAAAACAACUUUGAUUGA